ACGAACAACUCAUUUCAGUGUAAAGUCCAUGCGGUUCUAUUACUUUUAAAUAUUUCUUCACACGAGAGAAGAAGUUAUCAUCAUCAUGGCCACUCUGAACCAACAGUUUGAGGAGAAGGUGCGUCCCUGCAUCGACCUCAUCGACCGUAUUCGCUCUUUGAAUGUAGAGGAGCACUUUGAGCUACCUGCUAUCGCCGUGAUAGGAGACCAGAGCUCUGGGAAGAGCUCCGUGUUGGAGGCGCUGUCAGGGGUGGCUCUGCCAAGAGGAAGUGGCAUUGUGACAAGAUGUCCUCUUGAACUGAAGAUGAAGAGAAAUGAAGAAGGACAGUGGUGGUCCGGGUGGAUAAUCUAUCGGAACUAUGAGGCAGACAUAGAAGACUCUGAAACUGUGGCGAUAGCAAUAGUUGACCCUGAAGAUGUGGAGGAAAUGAUAAGAGAAGCUCAGGAUAAAUUGGCUGGGGACGGGCUGGGAAUCAGUAAUGACCUCAUUAGUAUGGAGAUCACCUCUUCUGAUGCUCCAGACCUGAUGCUCAUUGACCUGCCCGGCAUUUCCAGGGUGGCUUUGCAGGGACAAGAUGAGAACAUUGGAGACCAGAUAAAGCGACUGAUCCACAAGUACAUCUCAAGACGAGAAACCAUCAUUUUGGUAGUGGUUCCAUGCAACGUGGACAUAGCAACCACAGAGGUUUUGAAGAUGGCACUGGAGGUGGAUCCUGAUGGAGAGAGGACUCUGGGUAUCUUGACCAAGCCUGACCUGGUGGACGAGGGUUCAGAAGAAAAGGUGGUUGACAUUGUCCAUAAUGAAAUCAUCCCCCUGAAGAUGGGCUACAUGAUUGUCAGGUGCAGAGGUCAGCAGGAGAUCACAGAGAAGGUGUCUCUUACUGAAGCAUUAGAAAGUGAGAAAGCCUUCUUCAGAGAUCAUGCGCAUUUCCAGAUUCUCUAUGAUGAAGGCCAUGCCACUAUUCCUAAACUGGCUGAGAGCCUCGCCCUUAAGCUGUCGCAUCACAUCAAGAGAUCUCUACCUCAACUGGAAGAGCAGAUAGAGGAGAAAAUUGAACAGACUCAGGCAGAGUUGAAGACAUAUGGCAGUGUACCCCCAUCUGAUGAAGCUGGGAGGCUCGUCUUCCUCAGUGACAAAGUGACAGCUUUCACUCAGGAUGCCAUCAGUCUGACUACAGGAGAGGAACCAAAGUGUGGAGACAAGCUCAAUGUCUUUUCUACACUCAGAAGAGAGUUUGAAAAGUGGAACGCCCACCUGGACUACGCAGGAGAAAAGUUUAACAAGAGGAUUGAGAAAGAGGUGGAGAACUAUGAAGAGAAGUAUCGUGGAAGAGAACUGCCGGGCUUCAUCAACUACAAGACCUUCGAGGUCAUGGUCAAGGAGAGGAUCAAACAGCUGGAGGAACCAGCUGUCAAGAGACUCAGGGAAAUAGGAGAUGCUGUUAGGAAGGCGUUCAUACAGCUGGCCAACAGUAGCUUCAAUGGAUUCAUUAACCUAAAGAAUAGAGCCACGGCAAGGAUAGAAACCAUAAUGCGAGACACAGAGUCCACUGCUGAAUCCAUGCUGAGAACCCAGUUCAAAAUGGAGCUGAUUGUUUCCUCUCAGGACAGGAUCAACAGCAGCAGUUUGAGUGAGAGGAAGAGAGAGGAAGAUGAAGACAAACGGAAUGGCACAGACUCCCAUAAAGGAAGGUGUAUUGUAUACAACAUGGAUAAUCAUGCAACACUUCAGGAGCUGAUGUUGCACAUUAAAUCAUAUUACCAAAUUGCCACCCAGCAUCUCGCUUACCAGAUCCCGCUGGUGAUCCGCUACCACAUGUUGCAGCAGUCUGUUGUCCAGCUGCAGAGGGAGAUGCUGCAGAUGCUUCAGGAUAAAAGGGAUAUGAAUACAUUGCUGAAGGAACAACCUGCCUAUGGCAGCAAGAGAGCUGUUCUACAGAGUCGCCUCGAACGCCUCAUGCAGGCCCGCGCACACCUGGUGGAGUUCUAGAGGAGGUCCAGGCCUUACAGCAAGAUUUUGUUGUUCAGAUUGUGUCAUUCAUUCAUGACUGUGGAGUGGGCUUAUUAUCUGUCACACUGGGUUUUGAGUGUAGAAUUACUAUUAUUAUGUUCAGCCAAUAUGUGAACAUGUCAUCAUAUCAGAUCAUGCUCUCAAAACCAGAAGUUACUAAUAAUAACUUGUUGUUAUUGUGGCUGUCAAGGCAUUUAUGGCACAGUUGCUGAGUCCAAGACAAAUUUCCCUUAGUGGGACAAUAAAGUGUAUC